CCUAGAUUUUACAACUGCCCGCAGGCCCUCCCUGUCCAGUAUACUACUACCUCCACUGCGGUAGUCACGUGGGUUGAACCAACAUGCACAGACACAGAAUCGUCAUGUACAGUAAGCCGAAGUGGUCCUCCAUCAGGGUCUUCUUUCAGCGAAGGCUCGCACAGCAUCGCAUACACCGCCAUUGACACUAGUGGAUUGACUGCAUCUUGUACCGUUUCCUUUACUGUCAAAGUGAUCCGCUGCAGUAGUCCUAGUUCUCCUCAACAUUGCACCAUGAGUUGCACCAAGUCCAACUCUGUAGGGUCAGUUUGUACAUACCAGUGUGCCACUGGACUGACUCUAUCGGGAUCAUCUCAACGUGUUUGCCAAGAGGUUAGUGGUAACGCGGCCCAGUGGACCGGCACCCAACCCACAUGUACAGAUGAUCAUGCACCAACCAUUACAAACUGUCCAAGUUCCUUCGUCGCCCAUCAGACGGAGACAUGGGGAGUGGAAGUUACAUUCACAAUACCAACGGCUACGGACACUUUUGACCAGACUCUGCAGACAUGGACAGUUCCUGCGGACCUCACAUCGCCUUACAUUUUCACUGCGGAUACUACUUGCGAGUAUCACUUCCGGGACGACGCGGGUAACACGGCUUCGUGCAUCUUUGAUGUCUCGAUCCACGUGAUCCGCUGCAGUAGUCCUAGUUCUCCUCAACAUUGCACCAUGAGUUGCACCAAGUCCAACUCUGUAGGUUCAGUUUGUACAUACCAGUGUGCCACUGGACUGACUCUAUCGGGGUCAUCUCAACGUGUUUGCCAAGAGGUUAGUGGUAACGCUGCCCAGUGGACCGGCACCCAACCCGCAUGCACAGAUGAUCAUGCACCAACCAUUACAAACUGUCCAAGUUCCUUCGUCGCCCAUCAGAGGGAGACAUGGGGAGUGGAAGCUACAUUUUCAAUACCAACGGCUACGGACACUUAUGACCAGACGCUGCAGACAUGGACAGUUCCUGCGGACCUCACAUCUCCUUAUAACUUCACUGCGGAUACUACUUGCGAGUAUCACUUCCAGGACGACGCGGGUAACACGGCUUCGUGUACUUUUGAUGUCUCGAUACACGUGAUCCGCUGCAGUAAUCCUAGUUCUCCUCAACACUGCACCAUGAGUUGCACCAAGUCCAACUAUAUAGGGUCAGUUUGUACAUACCAGUGUGCCACAGGACUGACUCUGUCGGGAUCAUCUCAACGUGUUUGCCAAGAGGUUAGUGGUAACGCUGCCCAGUGGACCGGUACCCAACCCGCAUGUACAGAUGAUCAUGCACCAACCAUUACACACUGUCCAAGUUCCUUCGUCGCCCAUCAGAGGGAGACAUGGGGAGUGGAAGCUACAUUCACAAUACCAACGGCUACGGAUAAUUAUGACCAGACGCUGCAGACAUGGACAGUUCCUGCGGACCUCACAUCGCCUUAUAACUUCACUGCGGAUACUACUUGCGAGUAUUACUUCCAGGACGACGCGGGUAACACGGCCUCGUGCACUUUUGAUGUCGCGAUAAACGUGAUCCUCUGCAAUAGUCCUACUUCUCCUCAACACUGCACCAUGAGUUGCACCAAGUCCAACUAUAUAGGGUCAGUUUGUACAUACCAGUGUGCCACUGGACUGACUCUAUCGGGAUCAUCUCAACGUGUUUGCCAAGAGGUUAGUGGUAACGCUGCCCAGUGGACCGGUACCCAACCCACAUGUACAGAUGACCAUGCACCAACCAUUUCGCACUGUCCAAGCUCCUUGGUCGCCCACCGGACUGAGUACUGGGGAGUAGAAGUCACAUUUUCAAUACCAACGGCUACGGACACUUUCGACCAGACGCUGCAGGUAUGGACAGUUCCUGCGGACCUCGCAUCGCCUUAUAACUUCACUGCGAAUACUACUUGCGAGUACCACUUCCGGGACGACGCGGGUAACGCGGCUUCGUGCAUUUUUGAUGUCGGGAUACACGAUACGGUUGUACCCGAAUUUUUAACGUGUCCACCAGACCAAAAUUUGCGGACAAACUUUGAUAUGACCCCAGUGACCUGGGAUGAACCAACAUUCAAGGAUAUCCCCGGGGAUGAGGUGCGACUCGUCUGUAACUAUGGUAGUAACAGCGUUCUGUUGCCAUGGGGAAUCAAUAAUGUGAUCUACACCGCUACUAAUAUGAAGAAUGGGCUGAGUGGGAUCUGCGACUUCUAUGUCAAUAUCGAACCAAUGCCAUGUCUAAAGCUUCGCACACCUGGUCACGGUGCCAUAUCUUGUGAUACCUGGGCCUACGGUCGAUACUGCAGCAUGUCCUGUAAUGAUAACUAUGACAUCCCUGCUCCUAGUCCAUUCCAACCUGCUACCGAUGUGUUCACAUGCGGCUCAUCUGGACAGUGGAAUCCUACCUCGUAUGUGCCUGACUGCUCACAAAUGCGAGACCCCACUAAGAUCAACCUUCCGACAGACCUGCUCUACUACAGUGGCCAGUGUGGUAGUCCAGCCACCUUGUCCGACAUCGCACAGUCCUUCAUCAAGACUAUCGAGAAGUCCGUCCACACUGACAUCUGCAAAACGAAUGAGGACUGUACGGUCGACAAUGUCGUCAUCACCUGCGGCUGGCCGACCAGUCGUCGAAGAAAGCGUGCGCUGGUUGGACGACGCCUACGUCACAGUGCCGAAGAUUCGCCUCAGGUAGAAAACAUCGAAAAGACUACUGAUGACAUCGAAGAAAGUCUAUUCGAAGGCCUCCAGGAGAUGCGCAUCUCGAUGAAGUUAGGUGUCGGUGUAUCUAAAGUUAACGACAUGAAGGUGGCACAGGAGAAGCUUCAGGAUCUGGCAAGAGAAGUGUUGGACAUUACCGUCUCUGAAGAUAGCGGAAGGUUCAGCUUCUUCAUGGAACCUCAUGCUGAAAGUGGAUAUGCGCCCGACGCCUACUUGUUAAUCAGCGAACACUACAUAGAUUGCCCUGAUGGUUAUGUUGCUGGUCGCAAUAACACCAAGUGUGUCUCUUGUACGACUGGUCACCACUACGACACCGAAUCUAGGGCGUGUCACCAAUGUGGUUAUGGACUCUACCAGGACGAGUAUUACCAGGUGAGCUGCAAGUCAUGUGACACCGGUCAGUCUACCAAACACAAGGGUAGUCCAAGCAAGUCUGAUUGUGAAGAUCAAUGCGAAGCAGGCCGAUUUUCAACAUCCGGCUUAUCUCCUUGUAUCCAAUGCCCCCUGCACACCUUUCAGUCGCUGAUUGGACAGACGAUGUGCUUUGAAUGCCCGGAUGGAAGAAAGACAUGGAACAGAGGAGCAUCAGACGUAGAGCAAUGUGUCCAUAUCUAACGCGGAUGAGAAAAGAUGACUCCCAAAUGAGAUGUUUUCCGUUUAAAAAGGUUUCCAUCCAUUCACUCCAUACUCUCUUAAGGUUUUAGUCUGAGGGAAACGGCCAAUGAAGAAUGCAAGAACUAUUGACAUAAAACAUGAUUAUAAUACUUCUGCAGGGCCAUAUUUUAUAAGACUUAUGACAAAUUAAAAAGUUUGUUUACAGAUCAAUGCGAAGCAGGCAGGAGUGUGAAGAUUCACUGAUUUCACAAGCAAGUAUUGCUUGUUUAAAUCAUCCUUUGUUGUAUAAUUCUGACAUGCUUAACAAGUUACUUAGUCAUUUUCAGACAAAUUUUAGUCGAAUUUAUUGAAUUAAAAAUAUCAACAUUUUAAGUGAACGUAACUGCGAAACAUAUUACUAAAAUUCAAUUAUCAGUCACCACUACUUUCCCCAAAAAUAAAGAGAACAAACAACAGUCAGAUUGUAAAUGCAAAAUUGUAUUUAAAAGCAAAUUAAUGGGAUAACCCUUUGAAAUCUGUUUGCCUUAAACUAUAAAAC